AUGCUCUCGAGGGUGCAAUGGUCAUUCGAGAAUCUUCGCGAAUGGCUGUUCGCUAAUUGUUGGGUGAUGGGAUACGCGAAUUACGACCGGGUGAAGCUGCAACAAUUCAACGUGCGAUUGCAGCAUGCGCUCAAGAUGGUCAACGAGUGGGGGAUGAAUGGCAAUUCUGCCAAUUCGGGUUCAACGCCUAGUAGUGGCUCGUCAAGCCAACCCAGAACCAGUCACUCGAGCGGUACUCCUUCAAGCUCUUCGCAACAGCAACAACAACGCUCCAGUAACCCCAGCUUCCCUAUGCCUGAAACCGCCUGGUCAGCCGUAAACGUCGCCUUCACUCCGCCUCACCAGUUGGGCUCCGUAACCCCACUCGUCGCGAUGGGCGGUGGAGGAGAGAUUGUCGGCGGAGAACACGGGCGGGGCUGGAACACGCCAACCAUCUCCCCCUGGGUCCCACCCGUCGCUCGAAAUAGCACAGCUCCCAAUUCCACUGGACAUUCACCCCCGGGAACCUCGGGGCUUGAACCAUCUCAUUCCUCUUCCGCUUUGUCCUCCCCAUGGGUCAAGGUGGAUCCAUCCGACUUUUCGCUCAGUGCGAGGCAGGCUGAAGCCGCUGCUGCUGCUGCCCGACAUGCGCGAAGCCGGUCGACAUAUGUUGGGGAUAGUAGUGGUCCGAAUAGUGUGGUCAAUUCGGGGCGGAAUACGCCGUGGGGACAGGGUUCGCCUCAGUUCCCCUCCCAUCGAAAGGGGCAGUCGGUGUCUGCGCUGGGGCUGGAGAAUAUGCGGGAUCUCAAGCAGUCGUUGGACGGGAUUUCGCGGGGCACACCGGCUCAACUGCAUGUGGACGGUUCAGCACCGCCAUACCCAUACUACCACGCGCCAGUCAUUCCCGAAACGAACGGGUCGAGCAAGAAAAAGGAGAGGGAGAGGGAAAAGAAGGAGAUGAAGAAGAAGAUGAAGGAGGGGAAGGAGAAGGCUAGGAGGGAGUCGCAGAAGUUGAAGGAUUUAGAGAGGAAGAGGGCGAGGCAGAGUAUUACUGUUGAGAGGACUGCGAGUUUGGGACUGGGGUCUGUACCUGCGAUCGGGAGUCCGUCCUUCCCUUCGUAUGAAGAGUACCAGGCGAUGGCGACGCGCCCGCGUAGUAGGGAUCCCAGUCGAGGGCGGGGAGAGUUGGAUAACGGCGGCUACGAUCUGAUCUCGAGAGCACUGCGCGACACCACCGACAGAGAAUCGACGGACGAAGAGGAAGAGGAAAGUGGCUCGGAUGACGACGAAGGAGGAUUCGUCCCGCCCAGCGCGGCUUGGUCUGCCCGCGGAUCGAUAUCCAUGCCGGAACCCUUUUCGACAUCGACGACGCCCGCUCCCCGCUCACCAAGUUCGAGCUAUCCGUAUCCUCCUCCCCAAGCGUAUGCGGGAUCACCACCACCCUCGGCGCCGAUAUAUGCGGAUAGAAGGUCGAUGUCGUCGAUACCGCCUGCUCCGGCCUCGGCUCCUGCGAAUGUCGGUCAAGCGCCCCCCAUGCCCGUACCGCCCGUGCCGCCUGUCCCUCCAAUCCCGCAGGCUCAUAACAGCCAUUUGCCUCCAGUUCCUCCUGUACCAACACCACUUCCACCGGAGGAGUACUAUCGAGGAGACGAGUCUUAUCGUAACAGCGGGGAUAGGGAGGGAGGUCGGAACGUCAGAGACUGGAUGGUGGAGCACGAGAGGGAAGAGAAGGAGAGGGAAGAGAAGAAGGAGAGGGAGAAGAAAGAGAAGAGGAAGAAAAAGAAGAAGAGGGAGGAGGAAGAGGAGGAGGAUGGGGAGGUGUUUGUUCCACCUAGUAUACCCGAGCUUGAGCGCGAUGGGUGGCUUGUUCCCCCGUCGUCGUCGUCCAGGUCGUACUAUCCUGACCGCGUAGAUCGUGAGCAGGCGAGGGCGUACCAGUCGCCUCCGCCACUGCAACCGAACCAGCAACAGCAACAGCAGCAAGCGGCGUACGCUCAGUACCAAGACCAAUUCGUGCAGCAGAGAACGCAGUAUCAGAAUAUGCCUUCGUCGACACUGAUGCACCAGCAACAGCAGCAACUUAUGUACCACCAACAACAAUGGGACCAGUCUGCGAGGCCUCCUUAUUAUCCCGGUUCCCAGCAUCAUCCAGGCAGUUAUCAACGUUGA